AUGUGUUAUUCUGUGAUCCCUUUGUUGGCGCAUAGAUAUUCAUCUUUUUUUGGUGUCUUGAAAGCUAUUGUCAGCCAGUCCGGGUUCCUCGCCGCGGCCGUCUCCCUCUCCCGGGGGCCCGCCGAGGCCCCGCGGGGCCGCUGCCCGGACUCCUCACGCCCGCUCUCCGUCUCCGUCGCCUGGGACCGGCGCCCCGGGGAUGCCGCGGGCGGCGCCACCGAGCUUCCGGCGGGCCACGCCACCGGAUCGCGCGGCAGGCACAAGGUCAUGGCCUUCGUCGGGAUCUUCACCGGGUUCGGCUCCGUCGGCCGACGCCGCGCGCUCAGGCGGACGUGGCUCCCCUCCGAUCGGCAGGGCCUCCUUCGGUUGGAGGAAGCUACUGGUCUGGCAUUCAGAUUUGUGAUCGGCAAAAGCAAUGACAAGUCUAAGAUGACAACUCUUGAAAGAGAGGUUGAAGAAUAUGAUGAUUUUGUGCUUUUAGAUCUCGAGGAUGAGUAUAGCAGGCUUCCAUACAAAACGUUAGCGUUCUUUAAGGCUGCCUGUGCGUUGUUUGAUUCUGAUUUCUAUGUUAAAGCUGAUGACGACAUUUACUUGAGACCAGCAGAACAAGUCCGUUGCGUGUACUGUGAAUAUGUCGGGAGCAGGAUUGUGCAUCCAGCACAGCUGAGUUUCCAUGGACGCAGCAUAGAGUUUGAGAAGAUGUGGGGCGGGGAAAAACUAUAUUCCAAAUUGUAUACCAAUGAUUGCAUCAUCAGGGUCAGCCGUGAGCCAACUUACUGGGUAGAUUAUCUGGACGAUGAUUGCAUCUACCACAGCCAUCGUCUUGAUUGUAGCGAUGAAGGGGAAAAUAUUUUCUUAAAGAAGGGGCUUCCUGAUGAUGAAAAGAUGAAGUACUUAAUGGAGAUGGGGUUUGUGAUAAUCGACGAUGAUGGUUUGUCCUAAAUAGCACAUGGUACUGCUGCCAACGUAGAUCUUUGCCGUAUGCACUGGAAGAAGAUUUUUUUCAUAGCAUGGGUCGGGUUAUGCUGUCCUCAAUUGCACUUCUAUAUAUUUGUGCUAGAGAUUGCGCUCAUAUUCACUUGUACGUGUGCUGGAGAAGACACGGUUUCUGAUGUGUUGCUCGUAUGCUUAAUGUUGCCACUCCUAUUGGCCUGUCAUACUAA